AUUUCCUCUGUUGUUUGAAUUCCGGAAGUGUUUGGAAACAUUAGCAGCAGGUUGACGCAUCCGUGUGAGGUAACAGGCGCUUGUGUUCUGCUGUAAUUCGCGGAUUAUGAGCCCGCGGGACGGAGGUGCGAGCUGAGUUAACGUGAAGCAUCUAUAUGGGCCAUCUUCUCUCCAAGAAUGCUCACAGCCUGAAGAAAACACGGAAGCUGCACAAGAAGAAGAAGAAAAGGAACUGCUUCCUUCAGGGGCCCUGCAUGCUGUGCUUCAUCGUCCACGGCAACAGCGGGAGCGUCGAAGACAAUUGGCCCUUCGAGAGCGGUCGCGGUGGAUGCGCGGCCGCGGCUGCGUCCAAAAUCGCCGAGCGUUACGCUGCGUUGAACUCGCCAGAAGAUUGCACCAAGUUCGUCCUGUCUCAACGGGCCCUCUGGGAGGCCCAGGGCAGAAUUUUGCUGUCCGCGGUGCCGGCCAAGCUAAUCGGGCCCCCGGCGCUGUACUGCGCUGUCGUCCCAGCCGCAGACUUUUCAGAAAUGGUGUGUAAGCGCAAAAGCGCUGAGCUGCAGCGGUGCACGCCCCGCAAGCAGCCCCGCUGUGCCUUCCAGGAGUCAAUGGAGAACAGGGAAGAGAGAGAAGACGCCUCCUCUCCAGAUGAUCGGUGUCUCCUGCCCUCGCUCUGCCCUUUGCCUUCGUCCUCCUCCUCCUUGUCUCACUCAGAAGAGAACGGGUGCGGCGCGGGGUCAGAUGUGGCCGGUGCCUCCAGCUCGUCCUCCGCUUGCUGCCUGCUGUCUCAGAACGAGGCGUCAGAGGAAGGAAAAAGUCCUGAAGGUCCAGAACAAUCUCACAUUAACCAGCUGCCCUCAUCCAUACUGCUUAAGGUAUUUUCUCACCUGUCAGUGAAGGAGAGAUGUUUAGGAGCGUCUCUGGUGUGUAAAUACUGGCGUGACCUCUGCUUAGACUUCCAGUUCUGGAAGCAAAUCGAUCUUAGUGGCCUUCAGCAGGUUAAAGAUGAUCUUCUGGUAAAGAUUGCAUCUAGAAGACAGAACGUUACUGAGAUCAACAUCUCCGACUGCCGAAACGUUCAGGAUCAUGGCAUUUGUACGCUGGCUUCGAACUGUACAGGCCUGGUUAAAUACACCGCGUACCGGUGUAAACAGCUCAGUGAUGUGUCUCUGUGCACCGUGGCCGUCCACUGCCCACUUCUGCAAAAAGUUCACGUUGGCAACCAGGACAAACUCACAGAUGAAGCUCUUAAACUGUUGGGUAAACACUGCAGAGACCUGCGGGACGUUCAUUUCGGACAGUGUUACAGCAUCAGUGAUGAUGGGCUGGUGGCGCUGGCUCAGGGCUGCUCCAAACUACAGAGAAUCUACAUGCAAGAAAACAAACUGGUGACAGAUAAAUCUGUGCAGGCGUUUGCUGAGAACUGUCCCGAGCUUCGCUUCGUUGGUUUCAUGGGCUGUUCAGUGACAUCACAGGGUGUCAUCCACCUGACCCGGCUUCAGGAUCUAAACAGUUUGGACCUGCGACACAUCUCAGAGCUCAACAAUGAGACGGUGAUGGAGGUGGUGAGAAAGUGUCGUAAUCUGACGUCUCUGAACCUCUGCCUUAACUGGACCAUCAAUGACAGAUGUGUUGAGAUCAUCGCUAAGGAGGGUCGAAGUUUAAAGGAACUCUAUCUGGUGUCCUGCAAAAUCACAGACCACGCUUUGAUUGCCAUUGGUCAGUACAGCAGCACUAUAGAGACGGUGGACGCUGGCUGGUGUAAGGAGAUCACAGAUCAAGGUGCCACUCAGAUCGCCAGCAGCAGUAAAUCUCUGCGUUACCUGGGUCUGAUGAGGUGUGAUAAGGUGAACGAGGAGACGGUGGAGAGAUUGGUGCUGCAGUAUCCACACAUUGUGUUUAGUACAGUGAUGCAGGACUGCAAGAGAACGCUGGAACGAGCCUAUCAGAUGGGCUGGAACCCCAACACAUCCACCACAUCCUAACACACACACACACACACACACGUGUCAUAUGACGAUGUGCUGUUUAUUUUGCCUUCCUUUAUAAAACAUCAUUAUGCAGCAGUAAUAUUAUUCGAUGUGAACGUGAAGCGUCUGCUGGUUGGUUAUUCUGACUCACAGGAGAUCUUUUAGCUACUGCAUCGUUUCACCACAAAAUCCAAAGAAGAACUUUGAACCACUAAGAAUUUUUGUAUAAUAUAUCAUUUUCAUGACGGUUAAAGAUUCAUUUUUUUAAAAUUCUCUUUACUGCAAAGCCAAAACAAUCAUCUCGUGAUUCCACAAAUGUUUUCAAACGUGAGCAGUUUUUUACUGUAGUUAUUGAACUGAACUAGCAUGAGCUUAAUAAACUCUUUAUUUGAAAUCAUUUAUCCUAAUGAGAUUAUAUUGGUUGUCAUGACAAUAAAAUCAUAAUGCAGAAAGUCUUUAGUAUGAGAAGUGUCAGAUUUCUUCUUUCUAUUGAUUUUGUGGUAAAAUCUGAUCUGGACUCCCAGGAUUUACACUUUCAUUUUGUUUCUAGUUUGUAUUGAGUUUGAUUUGUCUCUCUCUCAGUGAAAACUGAAUGAAGAAUGAAAUGACAGUAGUUUAAAUGGUAUCUUCUGUCAGGAUGAACUGAUGGGACAUUAAGAUCCUCCAGCAUGUUGUGUUUUAGCGUGUUAGACUCUGAAUAUGUUGGUGUUUGUCAUUGACAGACUAUUUCACCAGACACAGAUUUGAGUUUGUGUAUACUGUAUGUCAUCUAGAUAUCUAACUAUGGAAAGCACUGUUGUAGGACAGGAGCGUAGCGUGUAACACCUUCAUUCACUCAUUCAUUUGGUUUGGUUUGAAGAUGUUGUUGUUUACUCUUGUGAAACUGUAACCAGUGGUUUGGAGUUUGUUUGUUUGUUUGUUUGUUUUGGAUGUAAAAUGAUGUAGGUUGUUUGUUUUGUUUUGUUUUCCUUUAUUUUUCUUCUAUACUGUACACCGUAUGGAAUUUUGCAUAAUCUAUGAAUAUUUGAUGAUUCCAGGCUGUGAUGUAUUUGCCUGAGAGACUCUGUAUGAACUAGAGAGGUUAGUUAACUCGCUCAUCUACCCGUCUGCUGUUACAUCGCUUGCCUGUAGUAUUUCCUCAUUUAAACUACCAGGGUAUUUUUAUAUGGUAUGAAAUAGCUGAAGCCUGUAGCAGUCACACAUGUGAACGGUCAGCGUAUCUUUUACUGUACCUGGGCAUUUGAGUCAAUAAAAAAACCCAAUUGUA